AAACACCUGUUUGAAUUUAAUGGUUUUGAAGAAACAACUUUCCUUCUAAAUUGGGUUCUAUAGUAUAUCAAUUUAUAAACGAAACCAAAGAGGUGAAGUUGGCGGAGAAAUAGUGGUGGAUGGCAAGAACCAACAAAUAUACCUCCAUUAAUUUCAACCAUGUCCUCGAGAAAAAUCUGACUCCUUCUUCUUCCUCAUCUGGUUCCAACAAGAAUCCCCAAUCCAAUCACCAAACCCAUUCCUCUUUUGCUUCUUAUUCAUCCGCAGGCAAUGUCAAAACCCAUGGCCGUAUGCUCGUCCUGACCCGUCCUUCCCCUAAGCCUAUUUCCACUCCUCCUGUCGUUUCCCCAACACUUCCCCAACACCCCCAACCUCAACCUCGUUCUGUUUUAGUCCCAGAUCAACCACCUUCAUCUGAUCAGAUUUCUUUACGACCCGGUUCUGGGACAUCAAUUCCCGGUCUAGAGAAGGAGAAAGAAGGUGUGCCCGUUUCUGGACCGCUGAAGCCAGAUCGAUUCGUUCCGCCUCAUCUUAGGCCGGGUUUUGUAGGGAGAGAGGAGAAACCCGAACCCAAGGUUUUGCGUGGAAGAGAACAGGCGUUGAAGCAUUUUGGGUCGUCGGGUCAUUAUGGUGAAGAUAGGCGGCCCAAAUCUGGCGGUUACGAGAAGAUCAGAAAAGGCGCUGAAUCAGAUUUGGGUUUGAUUCCCCAUCCCAGAUCCAGUGGAAAUCGCCCUAGUUCUAGUGGAUGAAUUGGUGUGAAGAAGUUGUAACUUUGUUGAAGGCAUAGAUGGAUGCUGUAUUGAGAAUGGCUGCCGUCUGUGUCCCUUAGUAAAUUGCAUAAUUUUUCAGAAGUUGGAUAGAAUCUGAUUUUGUGGAAGGUAAAAUUACAGAUAGGGUGGGCAGCUUUUGAGGAACAUUCAUGAGCUGUCCUAUUCUAAAAUAAUAAUAAAAAAGGUUUUGAGGACCAAACUCCCUUGAGAGCUCAGAAAUUAGGUGACUGUUUAAGAAUUUGAGAGUAAAAAAGGUUGAUAUGGAGUGUAGAAUGUAUUUAUGUUGUUUUAACUGUUCAAUCAUUUUAAGUGUUGUUGUGGGGGAGGAGGGGUUUAAAUGUUGCCUCUCUCCAUAUUCUAUGUCUUGGCUGUACUUUGAACAUCCUUUGAAUUCCAUAAAAUUCUAUUCAAUGCUUCUUGAAAUGACUGA